AUGUCGGACAAAACGCCGACUACGCGUUUCGCGCACUGGAACAAAUGGCCGUUCAUUAACGUGAGAUCGAAUCAACUUCAAUCGCCCUUCUUCCGAUUGUCACGCGAGAUCCGAGACAAGAUCUACGAUUACUACGUCGUCGCCGAGAAUGGCUACUUCUACAACCCGGAAACGCGGAAGAUGAUGGAUGGCCACCCCUCGUCCACAACGCCAAAACCACAGGUUGUCAACAUCAACUUGAUAAGGACUUGUAAGAUCGCGGCCACUGAGAUGAAAGGUUUGGCUUUCGAGCGUAAUGAGCUCAUCUUUCAUGCUAUGUGCUCCGUGGACGACGGACAUGGCGUUUCAAAUCCAGAACUCCACGCCCAAGGUCUCAUUCCCUUCUGUCGCGAGAACAUGAACCUCCGGAUUACUCGACACGUCAGUCUUUUCAAAUCUAUGCUUCCGGUGCAUUCCGGCGGGCAAGACGACCGACGAAGCGAAUACUACGACUGUGAUGUUAUCCAGGGCGCGGAAUGUCUGGAAGCGAUGAAACACUGGAUACAAGCAGUAUCUUCACUCCACACACUUGGAAUGCCGAAAGAGAGCUUCUCACUGUUCUUCGACAACAGUGUGACGGAAGGCGACUGGGUCUGGAAUGCGGUCAUGCGCGCAAGAGCCCUGCAAGAAGUCUCUAGAGAAUGGCUUCGCGCACCCCAUAAUCAUCCCAGGCCCUACAAUGGUACAGGGUUGAGUCCCUAUCAAACCUUGUUAAACCUCCCAUCAACAUUUGAGGCCAAUGUUCGGAGCAUCGCAGAAGGAAACUCAAUCAUGCGGCUGACGUCGGGCAUGAGCUCAGUUGAGAUUGAAGCCACAGCUCUGAACUUGGAGCACUACAAGCACUUCACCGCUGAAGCCUGGGAGGAUCAUUGGCACGUGACAGUGCUGUGCCCGAGCUUGAACACGGACUUCUGGAGACGUUUACAUCCGAGAUACAGCAUCGAGCCGGCGGGCUUCAAGAGGGUAGUAACAACGGUCAGGAGGAUGUGUGGACGGGCGCUGAGCAACGAUGAGUCGACGGAAUCGGUUGGACGGUAG